GCUCGUUCAAGGGAAUUGAGUAUUUUCCUAUCAGAUGGAUUUUCUUUUUGUUAUUAACAAUGUAACAAUAAUAAUAAUAUUAUUAUAAAAUCAAAUUAGUAGUUGAGUUUAAAAUGCAUAUAGCCCCAAGUGUAAGCUGCUCCAGUCAGUGAAGGUGUCAUAUGUCUGUUUGUUUCUUGAGAAAGUGGACACUGAACAGUAUUCUAUUUGGGUUUAAUCUGUUUAGUUUCCCAAUGUUGUACUGACUUCCUCUGCUUCUUCCUGACACUUCUGACAAUUCUUUCUUCUCUCUUUUUUUUUUUCUUUUUUCUACCCAAAAAUCAUAUUUCCUUUUCUUUCCCUGUGGCCGUAUAUUCUUUUUGAGAAAGACAAACACAAGAGACAGGUGACAAUUGAAUCACAGUAAAAGUAAAAUUAUUUGUUUUGAAGACUUUUUUUUUUUCCGGUUGGAAGGGAAAGAAAAAGCAGAUAGAAAAGUGAACCACAUUAAUUAAAAGAAGUUAUUAGAAGAGAAAAUGGAUGGUUGAGACUUGAGACUGACAUAUUUUUUUUUUUGUGAAAUUUGAGUACUUUUUCAGGUAAACCCAUGCCCAUGUUUUCUUGAAAUAAGGAAACAAACAAUACCAUUUACAUGCAAAGGAAAAGGUUUAUUUUUACAAACCUUCUUUCAUGUGAUUGCGGUUGCAAGUUGGCUAGCAUGCCUUAAAAUCUUGUAGUAGUAGGAGGAGGAAACAGUUUCAAAUUGUUGUUUUUUUCACUCUUUUGCUUGGUUUCUUCUUCUUGACUCGAAGAAGUUGAGUCCCUCUGUUUUUCUGAGACAGAGAGAGAGAGAGAUGAAGAUGGAUAUAUUGGGCGGUCAAAAAUCUCUUGAAAGAGUAGUGUCACAAAGAGCUCUGCAAAUGGGCAGUUCAUUUUCAUGUCAAAUUUGCGUGGUGGGUUUUCUUUGUGGAGUUUGUCUCACUUCUUUGUUUCUUGCUGCUCUUACUUCACUGGGGUCUUUUGUGAUUGGUGGGAUUUCUUUUUCUGCUAUUUCACUGGAAAAUUCAUCACCAUGGAAUUCGAGUUCUGAAAAUACCAAUGUGGUUACAAGCACAGAGUGCAAAUUUAAAGUGAAGGAAACAGAGAGAUUGGAAAAUUCACUAAGGAGUAGAAAUGAAGUUGAUGACGAGAGAGUUUCAUUAUUGCAUUCCGCUUGGAAUGCAUCAUUAUUUGAAUUAUCUGUAGAUGGAGAAAGUGAUUUCUUGCGGAGACUCGGACUAAGCAAGUCUACUGUACCUAAUGCCCCACAUUUGGAGAACUGUAAAUUAAGAGCACAGAUAAAUGAACAUCUUGAUAAGCGCGCAGAAAAUGAGAGCUUCCCACCUUGGACUACUUGGAAAGGAUUACUAGAUAUGCACCCGGCCUCCACGGCCAAUGAGCAGCUUAGGUACUUUAGGCAUCAAGCUAUUUCUGAAGGUGCUUAUCCUCCAUGGGUUACUGGUUCAGAUGAAGAAAAUUAUCCUCUUACUAGGAAAGUGCAACGCGAUAUAUGGAUGCAUCAGCAUCCACAAAACUGCAGGGAUCCUAAUGUAAGAUUUCUUGUUGCUGAUUGGGAGAAGCUACCUGGGUUUGGCAUUGGAGCACAGCUAGCUGGAAUGUGCGGACUUCUUGCUAUUGCAAUCAAGGAGAAAAGAGUCCUUGUUACUAGCUACUAUAACCGGGCUGACCAUGAUGGCUGUGAGGGUUCUGCUCGCUCUAGUUGGUCUUGCUACUUCUUUCCAGAAACAUCCCAAGAAUGCCGAGAUCGUGCUUUUGAGCUUAUUGGCAGUAAAGAAGCAUGGGAAAAUGGAAUUAUAACUUCUAAAGAUAGCUAUAAUUCAAAGCAAAUAUGGGCUGGACGAACUCCUAGGGUAUGGGGUGAUCCUUGGACUUAUUUGCAGCCAACAACAGAAAUAAAUGGAAGUUUGCUCACUUUUCAUCGUAAGAUGGACCGUAGGUGGUGGAGAGCACAGGCAAUACGCUACUUAAUGAGAUUUCAAACCGGGUAUACAUGUGGCUUGAUGAAUGUUGCCCGUAAUGCUGCAUUUGGGAAGGAAGCUGCAAAGAUGGUUCUUGAAAGUCUUGGUGAUGAGCGGCUGAAGGAUGCAAGUAACAAGCAAAGGACUGAUAUUCAAGAAUUUGUAUGGUCAAAUCACAAGCCAUGGAUUCCUAGGCCAAUGCUAAGCAUGCAUGUAAGAAUGGGAGACAAGGCUUGUGAAAUGAAGGUGGUUGAAUUUGAGCAGUACAUGCAACUCGCUAAUCUUAUCAGACAACGAUUUCCACACCUUAAUAGCAUUUGGCUAUCAACUGAAAUGCAGGAGGUUAUCAAUAAAUCAAAACUGUACGCCAAUUGGAAAUUUUACUACACUAAUGUGAGACGCCAAGUUGGAAACAUGACAAUGGCGACAUACGAGGCAAGUCUGGGCAGACAAACCAGCACAAACUAUCCUCUUGUUAAUUUCUUGAUGGCAACAGAAGCAGAUUUUUUCAUCGGAGCAUUAGGUUCAACAUGGUGCUUUCUCAUAGAUGGAAUGAGGAAUACUGGAGGGAAAGUAAUGGCUGGUUACCUGAGUGUUAACAAGGAUCGGUUCUGGUAGGGAUCAACCGGUCUCAAAAAUCCAAGUAAAUACACAUGUAAAUUAGAAUAAAAUGAUCUACGAUUCCGGUUCUCAUCUGUAAAUGAGUAUUCAAUUUUGUACUUC